CCGUUCUCCGCCACCUUUUUUGAAGCGCCGGGACGAAGGCGAUUGUUGUGGUUGGUGGCGGCGACGAUGGCGGAGCACGGAGAGGAAUCACUUUUGGAGAAGAUAACUGAACAUUUCCACGGCUCGGACUCGUCGUCCUCCGAUUCAGGCGACGAGAGGUCGUCCGGACCGUCUGCUGUUGCGGCCGCUGCCGAGGCCGCCAGCGCGAAGAUCUACCGCCUCUUUGGCCGCGAGAAGCCCUUGCACACGGUCCUUGGUGGCGGAAAACCUGCUGAUGUUUUCCUAUGGAGGAACAGGAAGAUCUCAGCCUCGACGCUCGGAGCGGCGACCGCUAUUUGGGUGUUGUUUGAGUUGUUGGAAUACCACCUGCUGACUCUGGUGGGUCAUGUCUUCAUCUUAUCCCUGGCCAUCGUUUUCCUCUGGUCCAACGCGAGCACUUUCAUCAGCAAGUCCCGGCCGAACAUUCCUGAGAUAAGCAUCCCGGAGGAUCCAGUUGUGAGCGUGGCUCUUUCACUAGGACAUCAACUCAACUGGUUGCUAGCUUCAUUGCGGGAAGUUGCAUUAGGUCGCGAUCUCAAGAAGUUUCUCAUUGUUAUUGGCGGCUUGUGGCUAGUGUCGAUCAUUGGCAAUUGCGUCAACUUCUUGACCUUGUUCUACACAGUGUUUGUUGCCCUGUACACGGUGCCUGUGCUGUAUGAGAAAUAUGAGGACAAGAUCGAUGCCUUCGCCGAGAAGGCAGAUGCAGGGUUCAAGAAGCACUAUGCUGUAGUUCAUGCCAAAUACUUAAGCAAGAUCCCCAAAGUGCCACUGAAGGAUAAGAAGCAUCAAUAAAAGGAAAGGUACUUUGUGCUUCCAUUGAAUUCUCUAGUAGAUGAUGGCCAUGAACUUUUCAUGUUCAAAUUGAUUCCGAGUUUUAUGCGGAUCAGUCUAGUUUUUUUGCAUUAGUGUAUCAGACAUGUUGAUUUGGAUUUGGAAAAACGCAUCAUUUUGAUCUAGCAUCUAUUUAAUUUUCA